AUGACAGGCUUCGACGUUGAACAAGUCCUUGAACAAUUAACCACAACGGAAAAAAAUGGCGUCAUUGAUUCAAAUGACCUUUGGAGUGCUGAUGGUCGGCAUAGGUUGGGAGUGCCAUCGUUGAGAUUCUCCGAUGGCCCAACUACACAGAGUACGAUACUUUUAGACGGUGCUUCUCGUGCCGUUUCACCCUGUGGAAGAACACCGGAAUCGGCCUUUGACAAUGAAGUGUGGAAUGAAGCUGAUGAAAUAGCCGGUGUUGAGGCGAAAUACAAAAACUCAUAUGGUGAUGUCUGUCCAGCCACCAAUAUUCAAAGAGGUGUACUGGUUAGUAGAGGGUUUGGAUCCUUCCACGGAGAUCCUUAUUUGACAGAUGUUACAAGCUCGAGAGAUAACCUAUGCUUACAGAGCCAGCAAUUUGUUGCCACUAGAAGUCAUUGCAUGGGUAACAGUUUGGAGAGUGCAAGGGAUUCUUCUGGCUCGCUCUUCACAAGCCCAACCUCACGUCAAUCCUCAACUGCCUUUGGCAGAAAUAGAAGGUCCAGAAAUGGUUGCUUAGAAUGUCGAAAGAGACGAACAGGUUGUGAUGAGAUCAAACCGUGCUGCACUCGGUGUUCUAAGAAAGGACUUCAAUGUAAAUAUCAGUUCAAAUUGAAGUUUAAAGAGGAUUACGAUUUAAGGGGGAUUAUGUUUGGUCGAGAGGGACUAUCAUACAAUGAAGAUACUUCCAAAAAAUCAGGGAUCAACACUAUAGCUGACUUCACCAAGCUGGCUUCUGAUGCACACUACCAGGCUUAUCCUGAUGGCUCAGCUUUUCACUUCAUUAAUGCUCAGAUCGGUACUUUCCACCAUCAAAACGGAAUACUUGGACCAAGAGCUCUAUACCCAACUUCUUUUAUCCCUUUCGACGUUAAGGAACAUUUAUCCUCGCAAACAGACUCCUACAACUAUGCACUUAGUUAUUACAUGGAAAGAGUGGCACCAAUCUUCACACCCCUUGGAGUAUCAGGUGUCCUUGAACUAUCUCCAGGUUGCAGUGUGAAACUGAGUGCCGGUUUAGAUCUCACACAGUUGAUUAGGUAUUCCCAGUCACAUACUAACGUUUUCCAAAUCCUGCUAGCUGUUGGUGCUGGCUACUUGGGGAAUAUGAAAGAUAUGUCCAAUCGUCAGUACUGGACUGAGGAAGGUAAAAGGUUUAGGAAGGGUGCGAUGAAACGAUUACAACACAAAUUUCAAACAUUGGAACUGGCUACUGGUGAUAAGAGUACUCUUAAUGAGAUCUUGAUAUCAACCUUUUUACUCUGCUUAUACGACUUGGCGAAUGAUUGUCAUGAAAACUGGUCUUCAAACAUCAAAAUAGCAUCUGCAUUGAUUUCAGAGUUCCCAAUAUGUGCAUCUACAGAGAUGGAAAGGAAGCUGCUGAGUUUCGUCUGCGAUUUCUUUGUAUACCAGGAAUCUAUGGGCAGAACCGUUUGUAAGAAGACGAGUAUAUUCACCCCUGAAUUGACUGAAUUAGGUGAUUCCAAGGAUACACGGGGCUUAACUAAAUGGACAGGCUGUAACUUCAAACUUGUGGAAAUAAUCUCUGAUAUUACUGACCUAUCUUAUGAGAGAGCCUUGCCUAGUGAAGUUAUUACACCAACGAACUUCAUGGAGAUGGUUAGCUCAAUUGAAGAGAACUUGGAGUCUCUCAAGUUGCAGGUCCCAAAUAAUUUGGAAACCAGUGAAGAAUUCUGUUUCCUAUUGGGCUGUGAGACUAAACGAAUAGCUACGAGAUUAUAUCUACACUGUUCAAUUUUGAAUAAGACACCAAAAGACCGUUUAGUGACGCAGCUGGUUGCAGAGAUUCACGGUUACUUGAAGACAAUAAUCCAGGAGAAUGGGUACAUGUGGUCUUUUCUUAUUUGGCCUCUGUUUAUUAUGGCAUGUGCAAUCGACCCAUGGAACGAUAAAUGUGAUCAACUUCGCUAUUUUGUGCUGGAAUGCUUCGAUAUGUUAGAGAAUAAAACGCUGGGGAAUGUCAAUAAGACUAGACAGAUAAUCAUUGAUCUAUGGAACAAGAGAGAUCUAUCAACAAGUGGUAAUGAACGAUUGAACAAGUCCUGUGAUGGAAAUGGAUUGCUGGGAUCUAUAAACGACUGGGAGUUCUACGUUGCAGAUAAAGGGCUGAACAUUUCUUUGGGUUAA